AUGCUGCUGCCGCAGAGUGACGCCUUCCACGCGCUGCGACACCGCCUGCACGCCGCACCGCACCACCCCGACUUGCCGCGAGUGACGCCUUCCACGCGCUGCGACACCGCCUGCACGCCGCACCGCACCACCCCUACUUGCUGCGGUGCGUACACUGUACUGAGACUGCAUCUGUUGGUGGUGAUGCUGCUGCCGCAGAGUGACGCCUUCCACGCGCUGCGACACCGCCUGCACGCCGCACCGCACCACCCCUACUUGCUGCGAGUGACGCCUUCCACGCGCUGCGACACCGCCUGCACGCCGCACCGCACCACCCCUACUUGCCGCGGUGCGUACACUGUACUGAGACUGCAUCUGUUGGUGGUGAUGCUGCUGCCGCAGAGUGACGCCUUCCACGCGCUGCGACACCGCCUGCACGCCGCACCGCACCACCCCUACUUGCUGCGAGUGACGCCUUCCACGCGCUGCGACACCGCCUGCACGCCGCACCGCACCACCCCUACUUGCUGCGGUGCGUACACUGUACUGAGACUGCAUCUGCUGGUGGUGAUGCUGCUGCCGCAGAGUGACGCCUUCCACGCGCUGCGACACCGCCUGCACGCCGCACCGCACCACCCCGACUUGCUGCGGUGCGUACACUGUACUGAGACUGCAUCUGUUGGUGGUGAUGCUGCUGCCGCAGAGUGA